UUCGAAAUUCGUUUUCACAACCAAAAAACAUUUUGUUUGCAUGUCUAAUACAAGUUUAGUGUUAGAACAAACAUUUAAUAAAGUUGAAAGAUUAAAAAGUUAUGUCUCCUCGAUGUCAUUCAAAAGUCUAAAAGAUGAUUUAAAAAUAGUUUUCUGACGUUAAUCUACAAACGUUAAUACUGAUAAUAAUAUUAAUCCCGUAUGCCAUGCUAAUACUAUACUGGUGCCAUGGAAGCAAUAGAUUGAAUGUUACCCAUGAUUCAUUGCUUUCACAAACAAUAUAAAGUUGACUAGAGAGAAAGAUCUACCGCAUUUAAAAAUAAACUUCAAGUGUGUCCCGUUGACAUUUUAAAGAGGGCAACAUCAAAAAACGUUGACAAAAUAAAAUUUUGUCAUUCAAAAGAUAGCUUACUCUAAAGACACAUAGACACACGACUUCACAUAAACAUCUCACGAAAAAUGGUCAAUGAGACAAAUGAAGAGCGAAUGGCACGAGUUGUUGUAUUGGGAAGCCAAGGUGUAGGCAAAACUGCUUUGGUGGUACGCUGCUUAACCAGAAGAUUCCUACCAGAGUAUGCUCCAUGCAAAGAAGCUUCUUAUAAAUACAAAAAAUCAAAAGAUGGAAAAGAAUUCGAGAUGAUGAUUGUGGAUUCAGACGGUCAGAACAACGACAUAUACCGCUACACAGAAGCAUUUGUAUUGGUCUAUUCAGUCACGUGUAAAAAAAGUCUUGAUCGAAUCGAAUCAAUGGCUGCAAACGUUCGAAAUCUGAGUACUAAAAACGAACCACUGAUAAUUAUAGUAGCCAAUCAAAUAGACUUAGUUCAGAAAAGAGAAGUUACCAGCCAUCAAGGGCGCACGUUGGCGAGUAGAGUGGGCGCAGAAUAUCGAGAAGUUUCAGUUGCAAAUGAUGUGGAUCAGGUUGUUGACAUGUUCCAUUAUCUAUGUCUCAGAAUAAAUGGAGAACAAAAGAAACGAAAAGCACAAAAAUUAAUAGACAUGUUCAAAAGACGGGGGUCGUCAUAAAAGCAAAACUACUUAAUGAGAAUAUGUGGACGUAUUGCAGAUGCACUUGCUGACACAGCUUUGUUGAAUGCUCCAGCCGAACAAUAGAAGUUACAUGAAACACGUUGUUACCCUGUAAAUACCUCAGGUGUACAGCCUGAGAAUUGGCGACCAAACUUGUUGUCUAAAUGUAGAGGCAGGUAAUAAUUGUGGUGUGGAAAUGAAGUCCAUUAAGAGGAAUUCGCCGGCUUACUAUUAUUGCCACUAAAGUAUAAAUAUCUAUGGCAAACAUCGGUGGCAAAUAUCGGUGACAGAUAUUUGUGGCAAAUAUCUGUUUUGACACUUCAAAAUAGACAUGCAGAUUUUUUGUAUAUCAUGUAUAUUGAGUACUUUUUUAUUGUACAUUUUGUAUUAUAUAUAAAUAUUGUGUAUAUUAUUAGUUUACUCUAACUUAUAAUUUUUUUAGCGAACACAGAAACGGUACAAAAUAAUGCAGUUUUUUU